AUGAAAACUACACCGAACUAUCUUUGGGAAACAGAGGAUGUGCUGGGUCAAGGUGCCACUGCCAGUGUCUACAAAGCCCGCAACAAGAAAUCAGGAAAACUAGUUGCUGUUAAAGUGUUCAACAAAGCCAGUUACCUGAGACCUCAGGAGGAGCAGAUAAGAGAAUUUGAAGUCCUAAGGAAGUUAAAUCACCAUAACAUUGUCAAACUCUUUGCUGUGGAAGAAAUUGAAAACAGCAAACAGAAAGUGCUGGUAAUGGAGUAUUGCUCAGGUGGGAGCCUGCUGACCCUAUUAGAAGAACCAGAAAAUGCCUUUGGUUUGUCAGAAUCUGAGUUCUUCAUAGUGUUACACUGUGUAGUGUCUGGCAUGAAUCGUCUUCGUGAGAAUGGGAUUGUCCACAGGGCUAUCAAACCAGGAAACAUCAUGUGUCUCAUUGGAGAAGACAGAGUUUUUGGAGCUGCCCAUGAACUGGAUGAUAAUGAAAAGUUUGUGUCAGUUUAUGGGACAGAAGAAUAUCUUGUGGCUGAGAAGAUAUCAAAGCCCGUGUCUGGCAUGGACUCAACAAGGGGCCGGCUGAUGUCCAACUUGUUUCCCUCUGCUUCAUCAGGAGUCCCUCGUCAGAACCACCAUCAACAAUUCAAUCUUAAACUGCAAACUUUGCAUCUCUUCAGCAUAGCUACCAUAUUUCAAGAAGAAGUUUUCAGGCAAACAAAUAUAGCUUCCCACCACCGAGAGUUUUUUGAGGGUCACUCGUAUGAAUUGGAGCCCAGUCUUCAGGUUCAUAAUUUCCCCAGGACCACAGAAAGCUGCCCUCUCAUCAUGCUGAGCACAGAACUGAAAGAUCCUGUGGUGCUCAGGUACAGAGAUCAAUAUGAGGAGCAAAGAUUUAUAUUCAAUGUCCAGUUCUGGAUGCUCAAAACUCAAGAAUUUAUUUCAUUUUCAAACUUCCUUUCUCCUGUGAUGGACUCAAGGUGGCCACUAAGAUGGGAGCAGGAUGCUGUAAGAGUGACUUACCAGACCUUGAGGGUAGCAUGCUCACUUCUGCAGUGCCAGGAGCUGGUUCUCAGAGGCUUAUAUUGGGUGAGUGAGGCACUGAAGACAGAAUGCUAGCAGAUUCUGGAGAAGAGACACUCUAUGGCAGCAACACUGAUCUGCUUACAACAAGAGGAGAUGAAGAUCCUACUGCUGUAUGAAACUGUUGCUGGAGCAUGUGAGGCUCCUGUAAUCAAAGGGCUGACGAAAAUAAAAUCAGGACUUCAGUCUGUUGCUGAGGAGCUUUCCAGAUGUUCCCACAGCAUUACUGAACACCAAGCAAUUGUGUGGUGUCUUUUGUCUGAGGUGGGAAAGAGAAGGAACCAAAUGAAAGAGGAGAAGAGCAUCCAGAAGAUGGAGGCAUGCCUUGACAAGAUGCAGCUCAUCUAUAGCCAGUUCAAGAAGGUCCGGAAGUGCCUGCGACUGUUAUACAAUGAACAGCAGAUCCACAAGCUGGAUAAGUAUUCAUUGGGGUAUUUGGCCAAAAAGGUUCUUUCUGUUUUUCAAGAGGACUGUGCACAACAAUACUAAGCUGCUCUUUUAGCUCAUGGAACCAGAAUGAGGAAGGUGCUUGAGAUGAGGAAGCAUUUGAAGAAACUAAACAGAUCUUUAACUGCCUGCAAUGUGGAAUGCCAAGAUUGCCUCUAUAAUGCACAGCUUUUUUAAGAGCUACCUCAGAGAAUUGUUCAAGACAAAAUGACAACCACUCCUGCUUCACAAGGUUACUUAAAACAGAAACACCAGGCUAUGAUGUUUGGAAUGCAAGAGCUACAGGAACAAAUGAAAAUAGUAGCUCACAAUCUGCAGCUCAACAACAGCAUCAUCCAGCAGUAA